UCAAGAUAAAAAAAAAAAAACAGAAGAAGGAAGAAGAGGAAUAAGACGAAGAUGAUGAUGUUUGAUCAAUCGCCGCAGGCGCAGCAAGACAAGCGAGGCUACACAAGCGUGAAAAACGAUCAAGAAUUCGACAUCGAAUCAGGAGAAACCCUCUACCCCGGUCUCAGCGUCGGCGAAAAUCAACUCCGUUGGGGUUUCAUCCGUAAAGUCUACGGAAUCCUCUGCGCUCAGAUCCUUCUAACCACCAUCGUCUCCGUUAUAACCGUUUUCUACGCUCCUCUUAAUCUUCUCCUUAGGGGAAAUUCUCCUCUUCUCCUGUUCCUCGUCUUCCUCCCAUUUAUCUUUUUGAUUCCUUUGUUGAGGUAUCAACAGAAGCAUCCUCAUAAUUACAUUUUGCUUGGACUUUUCACCUUGUCCAUUAGCUUCACCGUCGGAGUUACCUGUGCUAAUACAGAUGGAAAGAUUGUUCUUGAGGCAUUGAUUUUGACAUCUGCUGUGGUUUCUUCAUUGACUGGUUAUGCCUUUUGGGCUUCAAAGAAGGGCAAGGAUUUUAGCUACCUUGGUCCUCUCUUGUAUACCUGUCUGUUUACCCUUGUCCUCACCGGCAUGAUGCAGAUGUUCUUCCCUCUUGGGCCAGUAGCACAUGCAAUCUAUGGUGGAAUUGGUGCUAUGAUUUUCUCUGCUUACAUUGUCUACGACACUGACAACCUGAUCAAGCGCUUCACUUAUGAUGAAUACAUUGGGGCCUCUGUCACUCUUUAUCUUGACAUCCUGAACCUGUUCCUUUCCAUCUUGAGGAUUCUGAGGGAGGCAAACAAUUAGUCUCCUUCACGAAUUGAUCUUGACCAAAAAUAAGAGAAUUUACUUUGUUGCAUCGCAUCUUUGUGAUGCUGUAGUAAGCAUUAUGCAGAUAUACAAUGCUUCUCUAGUAUUCCUUUACAGCUGAUAGACAGCACUUUUGGUGAAAUGGAAAAUUUGUAGCUUUACAAUUGUAUUUACGUGUGAUAUAAGAAUCUCCUUUGGGAUAUGUUCUUUUAA